GACGUCGACAACAUCUUCAGCUUCGCGCGGCACAACCGCGUCGACGACGUCGAACGGCUGCUGCUCCGGGGCGUGCCGCCGAACGUCCGCGACGUCUACGGCAACACCGUGACGCUCGUCGCGGCGCAGAACGGCCACAAGCGCAUCGUCAAGGGCGCCCUGCGCCGCGGCGCCGACAUCAACGCGGCCAACUACCGCGGCAACACCGCGCUCCACUUCUGCUUCAGCUUCGGCUUCGACAAGCUCGGCGACUACAUGAUCUCCAAGGGCGCGGACCCGGGCAUCCGGAACAAC